AUUUUUCUGUUAAAGGAAAUUCUUUGAAGUAGAUGAUACUUCUUUUUUUUUUUCUUUUUAAUUCUGAUUUAAAAAUGCACAGAAGCCUAAAGUCUGGACGGAUGUGUGAAGUCGCUGGGUGUGUUUUCGUGAUCGUCGCCCGGUGGCCCGUCGAGAGAUGGAGACGAAAGAAACCCUCAAAGGCUUGCACAAGAUGGACGACCGCCCGGAGGAGCGAAUGAUCAGGGAGAAGCUGAAGGCCACCUGUAUGCCUGCCUGGAAGCACGAGUGGCUGGAAAGGAGAAGCAGGAGAGGCCCUGUGGUGGUAAAACCAAUCCCUAUUAAAGGAGAUGGAUCUGGAGUGAGUAACUUGGCAGCUGAGCCUCCAGGAGAAGGCCAAGUGAGCUCGGCCUCACCAGCCCCCAAAGGCCGACGCAGCCCGUCUCCUGGCAGCUCCCCGUCAGGGCGCUCAGCAAAACCGGAAUCCCCAGGAGUGAGGCGGAAGCGAGUCUCCCCGGUGCCUUUUCAGAGCGGCAGAAUUACACCACCCCGAAGAGCCCCGUCACCAGAUGGCUUCUCUCCAUAUAGCCCAGAGGAGACGAACCGCCGUGUGAACAAAGUGAUGAGGGCCAGGCUGUACCUCCUGCAGCAGAUAGGACCCAACUCCUUCCUGAUUGGAGGAGACAGUCCGGACAACAAGUACCGCGUGUUCAUCGGGCCUCAGAACUGCAGCUGUGGGCGUGGGACAUUCUGUAUUCAUCUGCUCUUUGUCAUGCUCCGAGUGUUCCAGCUGGAACCCUCUGACCCCAUGUUAUGGAGAAAAACUUUAAAGAAUUUUGAGGUUGAGAGUUUGUUCCAGAAAUAUCACAGUAGGCGUAGCUCAAGAAUCAAAGCUCCAUCUCGUAACACCAUCCAGAAGUUUGUUUCACGCAUGUCAAAUUCUCAUACAUUGUCAUCAUCUAGCACGUCUACAUCUAGUUCAGAAAACAGCAUAAAGGAUGAAGAGGAGCAAAUGUGUCCCAUCUGCUUGUUGGGCAUGCUGGAUGAGGAGAGCCUGACCGUGUGUGAAGAUGGCUGCAGGAACAAGCUGCACCACCACUGCAUGUCCAUCUGGGCAGAAGAAUGUAGAAGAAAUAGAGAGCCUUUAAUAUGUCCCCUUUGUAGAUCUAAGUGGAGAUCCCAUGACUUCUACAGCCACGAGUUGUCCAGCCCAGUGGACCCCCCUGCCUCCCUGCGAGCUGUGUCUCAGCCAGUCUCCCCACAGCAGCCUGGGUCCCAGAGAAGGACCCAAGAGAGCAACUUUAACCUUACGCACUACGGAACCCAGCAGAUCCCUCCCACUUACAAAGAUUUGGCUGAGCCGUGGAUCCAGGUGUUUGGAAUGGAACUGGUUGGCUGCUUAUUCUCUAGAAACUGGAAUGUAAGAGAGAUGGCCCUCCGGCGUCUGUCCCACGACGUUAGUGGGGCCCUGCUGUUGGCAAAUGGGGAGAGCACUGGAAACUCUGGAGGCGGCAGCGGGGGCAGCCUGAGUGGGGGAGCGGCCAGCGGGUCCGCCCAGACCAGCAUCUCAGGGGACGUGGUGGAGGCCUGCUGCAGCGUGCUGUCCACGGUCUGUGCCGACCCUGUCUACAAAGUGUACGUUGCUGCUUUAAAAACACUGAGAGCCAUGCUGGUGUAUACACCGUGCCACAGUUUGGCAGAAAGAAUCAAACUUCAGAGACUUCUCCGGCCAGUCGUGGACACCAUCCUAGUCAAGUGUGCAGAUGCCAAUAGCCGCACGAGUCAGCUGUCCAUAUCAACGCUGCUGGAGCUGUGCAAAGGCCAAGCAGGAGAGCUGGCAGUUGGUAGAGAAAUACUUAAAGCUGGAUCCAUUGGUAUUGGUGGUGUUGAUUAUGUCUUAAGUUGUAUUCUUGGAAACCAGGCUGAAUCAAACAGCUGGCAGGAACUCCUGGGCCGCCUGUGUCUUAUAGACAGACUGCUGCUGGAAUUUCCUGCUGAAUUUUAUCCUCACAUCGUCAGUACUGACGUCUCCCAAGCUGAGCCUGUUGAAAUCAGGUAUAAGAAGCUGCUGUCCCUUCUGACCUUCACUUUGCAGUCCAUUGAUAAUUCCCACUCGAUGGUUGGCAAGCUCUCUCGAAGGAUCUAUCUGAGCUCUGCGAGAAUGGUGACAUCGGUGCCCGCUGUGUUUUCCAAGCUGGUGACAAUGCUGACCGCUUCCGGUUCCACGCACUUCACCAGGAUGCGCCGGCGUUUGUUGGCGAUUGCAGAUGAGGUAGAAAUCGCUGAGGUCAUCCAGAUGGGUGUGGAAGACACUUUGGAUGGGCAACAGGACAGCUUCUUGCAGCCCUUGGGCCCGACCAGCUCUCCUGAGAACAGUUCCCUGGAGCACACAGUCCACUUAGAGAAAACUGGAAAAGGGUUAUGUGCUACGAGACUGAGUGCCAGUUCAGAGGACAUUUCGGACAGACUGGCCGGCAUUUCCGUGGGACUUCCUAGUUCCACAGCGACAGAACAGCCAAAGCCAACGGUUCAAACAAAAGGCAGACCCCACAGUCAGUGUUUGAACUCCUCUCCCUUGUCUCAUUCCCAGAUGUUUCCAGCAGUGCCGACCCCUUGUUCCUCUGCCCCAUCUGUCCCAGCUGGCUCUGUAACAGAUGUUUCUAAGCAUAGACCUCAGGCAUUUGUUCCCUGCAAAAUACCUUCCACAUCUCCUCAAACACAGCGCAAGUUCUCUCUACAGUUCCAGAGGAACUGCUCGGAGACCAGGGACUCGGAUAAACUCUCCCCAGUCUUUACUCAGUCAAGACCCCCACCCUCCAGCAACAUCCACAGGCCAAAGCCAUCUCGACCCAUCCCAGGGAGUACAAGCAGACUGGGGGAUGCCUCCAAAAAAAGCAUGACACUCGAUCUGAACGCCGCUUCCAGAUGUGACGACAGCUUCGGCCGCAGCAGCAGCAGCAGCAGUGGUAACGCCGCCGUUAUACCCAGCGACGAGACAGUCUUCACCCCAGUGGAGGACAAGUGCAGACUGGAUGUCAACACAGAGCUCAACUCCAGCAUCGAGGACCUUCUGGAAGCAUCGAUGCCUUCAAGUGACACAACGGUCACUUUUAAGUCGGAGGUUGCGGUCCUCUCUCCUGAAAAGGCUGAAAACGACGAUACAUACAAAGACGACGUCAGUCACAAUCAGAAGUGCAAAGAAAAGAUGGAAGCUGAAGAAGAGGAAGCUUUAGCAAUUGCCAUGGCAAUGUCAGCAUCUCAAGAUGCCCUCCCCGUAGUUCCUCAGCUACAGGUGGAAAACGGAGAGGACAUUAUCAUCAUCCAGCAGGAUACACCAGAGACCCUACCGGGACAUACCAAAGCAAAGCAGCCUUACAGGGAAGACACUGAAUGGCUGAAAGGUCAGCAGAUAGGCCUUGGAGCAUUUUCUUCUUGUUACCAAGCACAAGAUGUGGGGACUGGAACCUUAAUGGCUGUCAAACAGGUGACGUACAUCAGAAACACGUCUUCUGAGCAGGAAGAAGUGGUGGAAGCGUUAAGGGAGGAGAUAAGGAUGAUGAGCCAUCUGAACCAUCCGAACAUCAUCAGGAUGUUGGGCGCCACGUGUGAGAAGAGCAACUACAACCUCUUCAUUGAAUGGAUGGCGGGAGGUUCUGUGGCUCAUCUCUUGAGUAAAUAUGGAGCUUUUAAGGAGUCAGUAGUCAUUAACUAUACUGAGCAGUUACUCCGCGGCCUUUCAUAUCUCCAUGAAAACCAGAUCAUUCACAGAGAUGUCAAAGGUGCCAAUCUGCUCAUUGACAGCACGGGUCAGAGGCUGAGAAUUGCGGAUUUUGGCGCUGCCGCCAGGUUGGCCUCAAAAGGAACCGGUGCAGGAGAGUUUCAGGGACAGUUACUGGGGACAAUUGCAUUCAUGGCGCCAGAGGUGCUGAGAGGUCAGCAGUACGGCAGGAGCUGUGACGUCUGGAGUGUUGGCUGUGCUAUUAUAGAGAUGGCUUGUGCGAAACCGCCUUGGAAUGCCGAGAAGCACUCCAAUCAUCUCGCUUUGAUAUUUAAGAUUGCUAGUGCGACCACUGCGCCAUCCAUCCCAUCCCAUCUGUCCCCAGGCCUGCGUGAUGUGGCUCUGCGCUGUUUAGAACUUCAGCCUCAGGACAGACCUCCAUCCAGAGAGCUCCUGAAGCAUCCUGUCUUUCGUACGACUUGGUAGUUAACCAUCAGGCCAGCUCUAAUGGAGACAGGAUGUGCAGCAAGGAGAGAAUUAAAAGAACUUGUGGGCGACCACGUGGAUAAUCUCCUGGCCCUCAUGCCACUGACCAGCUAGAAAUGAGGCCAGUGGGGAACCCUUACCUAAGUAUGUGAUUGACAAAUCAUGAUCUGUACCUAAGCUCAAUAUGCAAAAGUCCACAGCUUGUGUGGAAACUGUAAACCGUGCCUUUCAAAGGACUGGCUCUGGUGAACAGGAAAGCGAUGGAGUUUGCAGGAUUAAAUAACAGAACAUAAAUUUAUUUUUGGAGCACUUUUUCAGCAAUAUUAGCAGCUGAGGGCUCAGGAUCUGUUUUAAUGUGUCACCUUCUUCCAUUUCAUCUAGUGAUCACAGCAGGGGGUGUCUACGAUUCCGUUUGGGGUUUUUGUCACUGGCUAUAAAACAAAUCAGUGUCUGCCUCUUUUAGGUCAGAGUAUGCUGAGUAGCAGAAAAUACAUGUGUUUUUAAAAGUUAAUAACUUCUUUAUGACCCACACUUGACCUUUUUUUUUUUUUUUUUUUAACUUCUGGUCGAUUGUGGUUCAUUGUGCAUUUUACUGUUGGCCCGUUCAUUUCGUUUUUUGGAAAAUAUGGUUCUGUAUUUUCAUUUCACCUUCAUUUGUGUUUAAUAUUCAGGGAAAGGUGAUCUCUUCAAACCAGAAAAAAAAAAAUAGAAGUAGGUGUGAACUAGUUUAUUAAAUCUGUGCCUAUUGCAAGAGUUCUGUUUUCUUCUCAUUGGUGUAUAAUGAAGUACUGGCUACACUCGUCAGUCUCCGCCCUCGCCAUGCGGGGUAAGUCUGUACUCACUUCAACAGAGUCAGCUGUUGAGAUGCAGCUCACGGGCAGGGCAAGGUUAUCCGAAAGUGAGGUGGAUUGUUUCAUAUUAUUUCCUAGCCUAUAGAGAACUCCUGCCGUUUAAAUCUUCCUCUUGGUAACAAUCCAUCAUUCAUUCCCACCGACCGUAACGGAACUGCUGUUUUCCCUGUGCCAUGCACGAUGUUUUUAUACUAGACCCGGCUGAAAAACUCUUGGACUCACCUACCAAUCAGCAAUGUUUUCAAACAAUCAAUUUGCUUUGCAUUUUUAAAAUGUUCAGACGGAAAAGUAAAGUUGAAUUUCAUUUACACACUGAUUCCUGGAAUUUGCACAAUUAUUUAAUUGUCUUAACCUCAAGAUGAAUUCAGAUGCAUGGAAUCCUGAAGGAAAAUGGUAGAUCUUUGCAUGUGUGUCUUUUAAAUCAAGUACUGAUUAGCUUUUAAAUGUAACUUUGAAAUGUUAAGUUUUAACUCUUCAGAAGCCAGUGUGAAAUAGAAUUGGUUAUUCUCAAAGACUCAGGAUAAACUAAAUAAGCUAUAUAUAUGUAGUACAUUUGACAUGUACAACACAAAUUGGAAGUAAAAUAAGUUCCAAGAUAAGUUUACAGGGAUAUAUUGCAGAUAAUUUUCAAAGACAGUUUUUCUGUGAAAUUUUUACAUUCCUUUGUUUGGGAAGAUUGGCAAUAUUUGAAGAGUUAAAAAUAAUACAGAAAUGUGAAGUUUGGUAAUGCUAAAUGUGUUGUACUUGACUUCUUUUUUUAUUUUCUUUUUAUUUUUACUUUUGACUACUUAGAAUUUUCACAGUUCUAAUAAGAUUGUUUCCGAGUCUCGUGUGCAAGCUUUAAAGGACGCACUCUUGCCAUUGUCUGUACUGGAAGAUCAUUGGUCAGAUUCGCACUGUCUGACAGAGGUGUAAACUGUAUAAACUGAGGAACCUCAGCUAAUCAGUAUUACUGUGUAGAUCAACAUGCCCGCCACAUUUCCAACUCAAACCGUCUCCAGAUGUCAAGAUCCACUCACUGUGUUUGAGUUUGUGUGCAGUUCCCUCAGCUUGCUGGUAAUUGUGGUGUUUUGUUUUCGAUGCAAAUGUGAUGUAAUAUUCUUAUUUUCUUUGGAUCAAAGCUGGACUGAAAAUUGUACUGUGUAAUUAUUUUUGUGUUUUUAAUGUUAUUUGUACUCAAGUUGUAAAUAACGUCUACUGCUGUUUAUUCCAGUUUCUACUACCUCAGGUGUCCUAUAGAUUUUUCUUCUACCAAAGUUCACUCUCACAAUGACAUUCUAUGUGCUGUGUGACUGAUUCCUAAGACUUCCAGGGCUUAAGGGCUAACUCCUAUUAGCACCUUACUGUGUAAGCAAAUGCUACAAAAAAACCUCUGGGUUAAGAAAAUUUGGCUUAAAUGUAUCCUUUGUUAUUUUAAAUAUAUCGAGAUAUUUUAAUUAAAAUUUUUACCCCUUUGAACC